GAAACUUUUCGCGAAAACGAGGCAUUGCCAUUGGCAAAUCUUAACUCCCAUAGAUGGCGAUAGGCGCAAAAAAAUCAAUACGAAAUCAACAAAAAGUGAUCGAUUUGUAGCAAUUGCUAAUAGCAGCGCGCCAAUUACUAUAGCAGCUGCCGUCACGAGAUAAAAGAAACAGCGCACAUUUGUUGUGGAAAAUUUUGCAGCCAUCGCCGUCGCCGCCGCUGUCGCUGAAAAAAAUUUGCGCGUCUGUCUGUCUGCCUGCGUCUGUGUGCGUUUUUAUUGUAAGGUUGAGAGCGUGCAUGUGUGUGUGUGAAUAUUGCACGGUCUACAUUGUCAAUUAACAAAAAAAGAUUUAGCGCUGUGAUCUGUUCCUGCCGAGAAAGAAUCUUGCACACUUGAGCAUCAUGUCUAGUCUGCGACUCGAGGAGAACCGAAAACUAGCCACCGCCGCCGCCGUCUGCCCGCUCAGCAAUUGCCAGUUCAGCGGCGUGGUAAUCAGCGCCAUCGCCGACGAGCAGAAGCUGGAGUUUGCCAACAAAUACAAGGGCAGCUGUACACUGCUCUGCAGCUACGACUCCCAAGGUGUAGUCCUCCGGAUAGUAGACGACGAUGACCGCAACCACGUGCUCAAGGAGUACAUGGUAUCUGCCGACACGGAUGCCGCCCAGAUGGGCAGACGAAGCUAUGCCGUCUCAUUAGAGUCCGACAACCUGGUCCUGAGGUUUUCUAGCGAACAGGACCAGCAGCUGUUCCGGAAGGUAGUGGAGAAUGUAAAGCACCUAAGGCCCAAGUCUGUGUUCUCACAACGCACCGAGGAGUCCUCCGCCUCGCAGUACUUCCAAUUCUAUGGCUACCUCAGUCAGCAGCAGAACAUGAUGCAGGACUAUGUCAGGACGAGCACCUAUCAGAGGGCUAUUUUGGGCAAUUCAAUCGACUUUCAAGAUAAGAUUGUUUUGGAUGUGGGAGCUGGUUCUGGCAUUUUGUCCUUCUUCGCCGUGCAGGCUGGUGCUGCCAAGGUCUACGCCAUUGAGGCUUCCAACAUGGCUCAGUAUGCCCAACAACUGGUGGAGUCCAACAAUGUGCAGCAUAAGAUCUCUGUGAUACCGGGCAAGAUCGAGGAGAUCGAGCUGCCCGAGAAGGUGGACGUUAUCAUAUCGGAGCCUAUGGGCUACAUGCUCUACAACGAGCGCAUGCUGGAAACGUAUCUGCAUGCCCGGAAAUGGCUGAAGCCGCAAGGCAAGAUGUUCCCCACGCACGGCGACCUGCACAUCGCCCCCUUUUCGGACGAGUCGCUCUACUCGGAACAGUACAACAAGGCCAACUUUUGGUAUCAGUCUGCUUUUCACGGUGUGGAUCUGACCACGCUGCACAAGGAGGGAAUGAAGGAGUACUUCCGCCAGCCCAUUGUAGACACCUUCGACAUCCGCAUCUGUAUGGCGAAGUCGGUGCGUCACGUGUGCGACUUUCUCAAUGACAAGGAGGACGACCUGCAUGUGAUUGACAUUCCGCUCGAGUUUCAUAUACUGCAGACAGGUAUCUGCCAUGGACUGGCUUUCUGGUUCGACGUCGAGUUUAGCGGCACCAGCCAAAACGUAUGGCUAUCAACGUCGCCCACAGCACCACUGACACAUUGGUACCAGGUGCGCUGCCUGCUCCCCAUGCCCAUCUUUAUUAAGCAGGGCCAAACACUUACGGGUCGCGUGCUCUUGGAGGCCAAUCGGAGGCAGUCCUACGAUGUGACCAUCGACCUGCACAUCGAGGGUACGCUAAUCUCGUCGAGCAACACCUUGGACCUCAAGAAUCCGUAUUUUCGGUACACGGGGGCGCCGGUGCAGGCACCGCCGGGGACUAGUACGCAGAGCCCGUCGGAGCAGUACUGGACGCAGGUGGACUCGCAGGGCUCACGCAACUCUUCUAGCAUGCUUAAUGGCACCAUCAGCGUGAACGGGAUGGGCGACGGCAGCAUGGACAUCACCCAUGGACUUAUGCAUCCGCACUAAGGC